AUGACGGACAUACCUUCGCGCUCUACCGGAUUCGACCGUCGCAACUCCACCCUGUCCGAUUCACUAUCAGAAGCGCGCAACUCCAUCCGAUCAUCCACAGACGAUCUAUUUCUUCCCCGCGUACAGCCUGGAGGAAUCACACUGGCAUUCUUCCCCCUUGGACUAGCCCUGCUGCCUGCCAUUGCCGGCAUCUUCUUCCAAAAUGGCAGUUCCAUAGUGACCGACGUCACCUUACUAGUCUUGGCCGCCAUCUUCCUAAAUUGGUCGGUCCGAUUGCCUUGGGACUGGUACCGAUCGGCCCAAGCAACCCGAAGUGGAUUCGACGAUCAGACCCCCUUCGACGACACCAACGAAGCAACCGCCGCGCGCAGAGAGCUCCAAACCCACGAACUAUCCGCCCUAACAGCCUGCUUCAUCUUCCCCGUAAUCGGCACCUGGCUCCUCCACACCAUCCGAGGAAAUCUCUCCCGUCCCUCCGAAGGCCUAGUAUCAAACUACAACCUAACAAUCUUCCUCCUAGCCUCAGAAGUCCGUCCAGUCGCUCACCUCCUCCGACUCAUUCAAAAACGCACCUUGUAUCUCCAACGCAUCGUCGCCGCCUCGCCAUCCAGUGACCCCGCCACCCUCGCGGACUUGUCGAAGCGGCUCGAGGAGCUGGAGGCGCAUGUUGCGGAGAGCGCGGUGCGCGCGAAUGAUCCUGAUCCUACGGAUGCGGGGUCGUGUAUUGCGCAGGCGGCGGAGGUGCGGAAGUUGAUUCAGCCGGAUAUUGAGGCUUUGAAUCGGGCUGUUAGGAGGUAUGAGAAGCGGUCUGCGCUGUUUGCGUUGCAGACGGAUCAGAGGUUUGGAAGGUUGGAGGCGCAGGCUGGGGAUGCGUUGGCGUUAGCGGCGGCGGCGCAGAGGAAGGAGGCGGCGAGGUCUGGGUUUGCGCUUGUUUUGUUGGAGUGGGUUUGUGCUUGUGUGGUUGUGCCGGUGCAGACGGUGGUGUCGGUGUUGGGAUUACCUGGGAGAGUGGUUUCGGGGAGUUUGAAUGCUGUGAGGGGAAUGUUGGGGUGGAAAGUGAGUCCCAAGGUUAGAGCCAAGGGAAAGAAGACGGAGACUGGGUCUUCGACGCGGCAGGGUGUGUCGGUGCAGCGGAAGUCUGUGAAAAGUACUUAG